CAGAAACCCAUGGAGGAGUUCCAAGGAGGAAAUUGUCAGCUGGAGCUCCCUCCCUGCUGUAGCCACUCCCUCCAUGGUAGAAUGUGCUGCUGGCAUUGCUCCGGGAAGGAGAGGGCUGCCCACCCUGUCGGAAGGACUGAAGGAGCCUUUAGCAGGCAUGGCCUCCUCCGUGGACGACCCUGUGGAGAGGCUCCAAGAUGAGGUGUCAUGUUCCAUCUGCCUGGAGUAUCUCCGGGAGCCCGUCACCAUUGACUGCGGCCACAACUUCUGCCGGGCCUGCAUCUCUGACUACUGCGAGCGAGGAGCUGCAACCGGGGCAGCCCUUUGCCCGCAGUGCCGGGCCGGUUUCUUGCUGAGUGGCUCCCGGCCCAACAAGCAGCUGGCCAACAUUGUGGACGGCAUCGAGCAGCUGGCUCUGAGGCCAAACCGAGGUCCCGGCGAGGCCCUGUGUGAGAGGCAUGGCAAGAAAUUGCGCCUUUUCUGCCAGGAUGACGGCGAGGCCAUUUGCCUGGUGUGCGACAAGUCGCGGGAGCAUCGGGCGCACACGGUCCUGCCCAUCGAGGAGGCUGCCCACGACUACAAGAUUAAGCUCCAGGAAGCUGUGCAUCUUCUCAGGAAACUGCUGGAGGAAGCAACGAAGCUGGAGGCCCAAGAGGAGGAGAAAACAUCUCGAUGGAAGGAGAAAGUGGAGGAGCGUCGAACGCUCAUCAUGUCUGGGUUCGAAAGACGCCGCCAGGCGAUGGCUGAAGAGGAGCAGCUGCUUCUGAGACAGCUUCAAGAUGAGGAGCAGGCAACUCUGAAGAAGCUUCAGAUGAACUGGGCCUUCUUGGUUGGGCAGUGCACAGGGCUGCAGAGGCUGAUCUCUGAGAUGGAGAACAAAUGCCAGCAGCCAGCUGCUUCAUUGCUCAAGGAUGUGAAAAACACCUUGACCAGGAGCGAAGGGGUGUCACUACAGGAACCGCAACCCAUCUGGAUGAAUCUACAUGAGUCCUAUGAUGUCCCUGGGUUGAUGGAGUUACUCCAAAGAUACAGAGUCCCAGUGACCCUGGACGCUGACACUGCGAAUCCCUACCUGCUCCUUUCGGAGGACCUGCUCAGUGUUCAGGUCGGGGACCGAAAGCAGGAUCUGCCCAAGAGCCUGUCCCGGUUUGAGACUUGCACUUGCUUAAUGGGUGGCCAGCAGUUCACAGCUGGGAGGCACUACUGGGAAGUCUGCGUGGAGAACAAGACCAGCUGGACGCUCGGGGUCUGCCAGGAAUCUGUGAGCCGCCAAGGGAUCUUCACACCUUCGCCGGCGACAGGGUUCUGGACUGUGUGGCUGAGGAACAGCGAUGAGUAUGCAGCCCUCACUUCCCCUCUCACAGAAUUGGUGCUGAAAUCCAACCCUGGGGUGAUUGGCAUCUUCCUGGACUAUGAUGCUGGAGAGGUCUCUUUCUACAACGCUGAUAACAGCUCCCACAUCUUUACCUUCACCGACUCCUUCUCGGGGACACUCCGGCCUUACUUCUACCCUGGGGUCCGGGCAGGGGGCAACGAUGCUCCACUCAUCAUCUUACCAGCCAGACAUCAGGAAAACCCUACCCUUUCCACCAUGGAGUACAUCUCGCGGCAGUAACUCUGGAAUUCAUUGCUGGUGGAUGGAGGCAGACUUCAUUCACCAAAGGAUUAGAUGCAUCCAUACAUAAUAGAACAUCAUUUCUAUUGAGAAAGAUGUGAAGGUUGCAUUUUUUUAAUGUCUGUGAGAUCCAACUGAUUGCCAGGUUUAAAGUCUGCUUUGAAUUUUCUUUCAAAAUUGAUUGAUGAUCCUGGAGGUGUUGCCUUCCCUGAAGCAUGGGACUUGGCUCAUUUUCCCGAGUCCUCUGGAGCCCACAGUGGUAUGUGGGGUGUGGAGGAACUGCAGAGAUGGUUAUUUAUAGCUUUUCAAACCACCCAAAGCUAAUCCGUACAACCCAAGGAAAGAGACGUAUGGCCAGCGCCUGUGAGCCCUCUCAUUGCAGUGGAAUUUGAGACAAUACUAUAAGAAGGACUGACAAGUUCACAGGGAAAAAACAUGAAUCAGAAGUUACUAGUCGAGCUUUCAGAGGGUUUGCGAUGUCAUUUCCUCAAAAUCUCUGCUCUCAUUUCCCCCUCUUCAUUACUUGGUCCUAGCUACAAAUUCUGUACUAGGUAAACUGUGACUACGUUUGGUGAUAUGUAAAGCUGGGAAUGUAUAUAAACAAAUACACAAAUAAGUGUGUGUG